AAACAUUGCUAUGAACUGGUCCGCUGUCUGAGGCCGGACUAGUCCCUCGAUCCUACAUUGCGAAUACCACCGGAGAGAACCACAUCGCCCAGUGCUUCGCCAUCUGAUCUGCUGGACUCCGACGCCGACAGAGCGGUGUCUCGUCACCUGCGACAUGCCGCUGCACUUGGAGGUCGCGAUCCCGACCUUGGUUGGUUCGGCACUGAGCUGCAUAGCGACUACGAUUGUUGCUGUGCUGUACAUCUUGUUCCCUCCCGAAUGGCACUUUCGCCAGGCACUGAUUCUGAACCUCCUCAUCGCUGAUUGGAUGAACUCCUUGAACAACACCAUCUCCGGAUCUUACGCACUUGCGCACCGCGAUAAAGGAAUUGCUCCGGGCGCAGCAUGUACGAUCAACGGCUACGUGGGACAGUUCUCAGUGCAGGCCAUCGAUUUCAACAUUCUCAUCGUAUCCAUUUCCGUUCUGGUGACCAUUCGGAAGAAGACCUUCGUGGUAGCACCAACUCGAGGCAAAAUGCUCGGAGUAUGUGCUAUGGCCUGGAUCCCGUCCAUAAUAACCAGUAACAUUGCUCUUGGUCUCAAUGCGUAUGGCUCCGUCUCCGGCAACUGGUGCUGGAUCAAGCCUCAAUACACUGAUCUGCGAUACGCGCUCACCCAUUCCUGGAGGAUGGCCAUUUUCUUCAUCACCAUUGGCAUAUAUACAUAUGUCUACAUACACCUGGCAAGAUUCUACGAUAAUAUGCAGUCAGUGGGCACCACGACUCAUGAUAACGAGGCGCAUGAUGACGAAGUGGAACUCACGGCGGUGCACGAUCCUCCUCGCGUGCCCGAGGAUAUUCACAAAGGCUCAACUGACGGGAUGACGGUCAAUUCAUCGACCUCGCAUACUUUGCCAGGCAGCAAGCACGAGUAUCAGGUUACAACCAAGCCGGUCGAGCUGCCACGAUCGGACUCUACAAGCAAGACCCUCCCGCCACCAUCACCGCGACCAGUAUCGCGUCCACAACCGCCGCGUCCGGCGGCGACGAUGAACAGGCGGCGUACUCGUGAUCUGAGGAAAAUGCUGCUACUGAAUGGCUAUCCUCUGCUCUACAUCGCUCUCUGGAUCCCGGGAAUCAUGAAUCGUCUUUGGGAAUCGACGACCGGUAAAUCGCCAUUGUGGCUGCAAGCGCUGCAAUCUUCCACGCAAUACAUUGGACUGGGAAAUACCAUCACAUUAAACCAAAAUGCAUUGACAAACCCUCCCCCCGACGAGACGCUGCGACCGCAUCUUUGCGAGAGCAGUGCUCUCCUGAAAGACAGUCUGAAGUGCUGCGGAAUGGAGCAGCCUGGACUCCACGUACCUCUUGCCAAACUCCAGCAUCCAAGACUUACAGACAUCGCAAUCGAAAUGAGCGACAUCAAAGCGACUGAGACUAUUGUCUACAAGACUGUGGGAGAUCUCGAGAUCUCGUUCGACCUUUACCUUUCCGACAAUGCCAAAAAUGUACCGGUAUUUCUCUGGUUCCACGGAGGAGGGCUUAUUCAAGGCCAUAGGAACAGCCUCACGCCAUCUAUGCGCAAGGCCGUCAAGAAGCACGCCUUGGCAGUCAUCUCGGCCGACUAUCGCCUUGCACCUCAAGCCUCGGCCGACGAGAUCCUCUCGGACGUCCAAGAUUGCGUGAGCUUCAUUCGUACCAAGCUGUCCUCUGCAGUACCUGCCAGUACCAUCGACACCACUCGCCUUGCGGUGUCCGGCAGCUCUGCAGGCGGCUACUUGGCUCUGCUCGCAGGCCUAUACGUUGAUCCGAAACCAAAUGUCAUUGCCCCUAUAUAUCCCAUCACAGACCCUCUCGGAACGUUCUUCACGAAUCCACAGCCGCCUGCGAUGGGCAGACCAUUCGUUGAGCUGGAAACGGUCGCUCCGUUCCUCGAUCCAAAGUCUCCACAAGUCGCAAACAACGAUGGAGGAGAUCGAUCCAGUAUGUACAUCCGGAUGCAGCACGAUGCGAAUCUUGCGAAGCUUCUGCGCAUUCCCGAGGGCAAAGAUGCCGACAAGUGGCGGGUGUCGAAGCAGAUAUAUGCGAGGCGGACACCUCCGGCGUAUGUGCUUCAUGGAGAUGCCGAUACGGCGGUGGGCGUUGAGCAGGCAGACGAGGUAGUGGGUGCGAUGGUGGGCUGUGGGAUCGAGGUCGUCUAUGAAAGACCACACGGUAAAGACCAUUUCCUGGAUGCCGGAGCCGAUUACAGCAACGAGGCCUUCUGGGUGUUUGUAAAGCAGCACUUGUAG